AUGCAUUUGAUUGAAAUCUAUACUUCCUUUUUUGGCAAAACACAUCUACUACCGUUAUAGAAAGCUCAUUCACACACCAUCGACACACAAACAAUAAGAUAGGAAGAAGAAGAUCAAGAUCCGGUUAUUCAGAAUCGUUAUUUCUUGAAUGUUUUCGUUUGGAUUGCUCUCACAGAAAUGCGACGGCGGAGGAAGGCGCUUGUGGUGUUGGUGAUACGGAGAUUACUAACAUGUGCCAUAUGCAUAAUCGCAUUACUUGGCUUUCUCACCGUCCACAUCUACGUUGCUCCUCUCAACAGACUCCCUAGGCUUCAUCUCAACAAACACACCACUCGUCAGCGAGAACAUAUCAAUUACGAAAAAUCCAUUACAGAACAAAGCUCCACGAGGAACCUAUCUCGUCGGGAAACGAUUGAAUCUCCAUUCAUUUCUAAUCCCAAGGAGAAUUUGACUCAUAAUCAGAGAUUAACAUCUGAACACAUCAACAAUACACAUGAGAUAUCUCCACCUCAUUUCGUGACAAGCCCUUCCUUCUCCAAGUUGAACACUACAAGCGGGAUACAAGAUUAUGACAAGCUUUGGAAACAUCCACCUAACCGCAACUUCGUCCCUUGUGUCAAUCCCAAUCCUAGUUACAUAUCUCCAUUGGAGUCUAGAGGCUAUCUUCUUGUUCACACGAAUGGCGGUCUUAACCAGAUGCGUGCUGGGAUAUGUGACAUGGUAGCUAUAGCUCGUAUUAUAAACGCCACACUUGUAGUCCCGGAGCUCGAUAAACGAUCUUUCUGGCAAGAUACUAGUAAAUUCUCUGAUGUAUUUGAUGAAGAUCACUUCAUUAGUACUUUAUCUAAAGAUAUAAGAGUCAUCAAGAAGCUACCAAAAGGUAUAGAUGGACUCACAAAGGUGGUUAAGCAUUUCAAAAGCUAUUCAGGAUUGAGAUAUUACCAAAAUGAGAUAGCUACCAUGUGGGGUGAAUACAAGGUGAUCAGAGCCGCUAAAUCCGAUUCUCGUCUAGUUAACAAUGGUCUACCUCCAGAUAUCCAAAAGCUGCGAUGCCGUGCUUGUUAUGAGGCUCUACGCUUCUCCACUAAAAUCAAAUCAAUGGGACAAAUUUUGGUCGAUAGGAUGAGAUCUUAUGGUCUAUACAUCGCGUUACAUUUGAGAUACGAGAAAGACAUGCUGGCAUUUAGCGGCUGCAACCACGGUUUAUCUGCUUCUGAAGCUGCUGAGCUAAGGAAGAUAAGGAAGAACACAGCGUAUUGGAAAGUCAAAGACAUUGAUGGAAAAGUACAAAGACUCAAAGGGAAUUGUCCACUGACUCCAAAAGAAGUUGGAAUUUUACUAGCAGCUUUAGGAUAUGCACCAAACACACCUAUAUAUAUAGCUGCUGGUGAGAUUUAUGGUGGUGAGUCUCGGUUAGCAAGUCUUGGCUCUCGUUUCUCCAUGUUAAUGAGUAAGGAAAAGUUGGCGACAAAAGAAGAGCUUAAGCCUUUUAUGAACCACUCAACUCAAAUGGCUGCACUUGACUACAUUGUUUCAGUCGAAAGCGAUGUUUUUAUUCCAUCGUAUAGUGGAAACAUGGCGAGAUCUGUUGAAGGGCAUCGCCGGUUUCUUGGUCACCGGAAAACAAUAUCUCCUGACAGGAGAGGCCUUGUGAGGUUGAUAGACAGAAUUGGAAGAGGAACUGAGAAAGAUAAGAUGAACGUGUAUGAAAGAAUCAUAGAGAUUCACAAAACUCGACAAGGAUCACCGAGGAGGAGAAAAGGACCUGCUUCAGGAACAAAGGGUUUGGAGAGACAUCGUUCUGAGGAAUCUUUUUACGAAAAUCCAUUACCGGACUGUCUCUGUCAGAAAGACCCAAGUAGAGUGAGAUGAUGGUUAAAAUGAGAUAAAGGAUUUGA